AUGGCUACUAGGCACCCAAUGCUCUCCUGUGUUUCCAAAUUGCCACAUUUCUUCCUCUUUUACGCAUCUUGCUUGCUAGUUUUAUGCAGCCUUAGUCAUCACUUGUGCCAUGGGUUCCGACCCAGGCAUUUUAACUUGUCCACGGCAGCCACUCAUUGGUCGUCUGCUGGUGCCACAUGGUACGGCGCCCCUGAUGGUUUUGGAAGCCAUGGAGGAUCAUGCGGAUAUGGUGAAUCUAUGUCACAAGCACCUUUCUCUUCUAUUGUUACUGGAAUUUGUCCAUCGCUUUACAGUUCUUGCAAAGAAUGUGGAGCUUGUUAUCUGGUGAAAUGUACAAAACAUCCUUCUUGUUCAGGCAAGCCUGCAAGAGUUAUGAUUACUGUUUUUUUCCCCGGAGGUGUUUGCGCGUCCGACAGAGCUCAUUUCGAUUUAAGUGGAACGGCCUUUGGCGUCAUGGCCGUUCCCGGCCAAGAGAAACUCCUCCAGAAUGCUGAAAAAAUAUUUCAAAAUUGA